AAUCCUACACACCCUCCCAGCCACGGGUGGCCCCCGGGAAGGUGAGGCUACAGAUGCUGAUCUCCUGUUACUGGAAAACAGGAAUUAGCUUGUCUGCUUGAGGAUGUGGUUGGUUCUUUAUAAAAAGGAUACACAAGAAAUUUGCACAUAGUCUGCCAGCUUCAUUAUGCUGCCGACAGCUUCCAGCAAAAGAAGAACAUUUGCAGCCAGAUAUUUCGCUCGCUCCAAAAGCCUGGUGAUGGGGGAACAGAGCCGCAGCCCGGGGCGGCUGCCCUGUCCCCGCAGGCUGGGCCCCGUGCUGAAGGAGGGCUGGCUGAAGAAGCAGAGGAGCAUCAUGAAGAACUGGCAGCAGCGCUGGUUCGUGCUGCGUGGGGAUCAGCUUUUCUACUACAAGGACAAAGAUGAGACCAAGCCCCAGGGAUUUAUUUCUCUACAAGGGACCCGGGUGACUGAACUUCUUCCUGACCCUGAGGACCCAGGGAAGCACCUCUUUGAGAUCAGCCCAGCAGCUCGGAGCAGUUAGGAGCACUGCCACCCACUAUCUCUGAGGCCUGACCUUGAAACGAAGCCAGCGCACACAGAUUACCCCGGAGAAGUAGACUGAUACCACGCUCCUGACCUCCACAGAGCAUCGCUCAUCUCAUUAGCCGCCUCCGGAGCGGGAUGCUGAGCUCGGCCUAUCUCGGCACCUGGUACCAGCCAGCCUGCGUAUCAGCCUGACCUCACGAGGCCCCGCUGAGUUUGCCUGCCAAGCGCCAGACGAUGGGUAAUGACUAGAAAUGAAAUCAGAUGAGAAGUUCACC